AUGGAGAAUCUCUUCCCAGCAUUCGUCGCUGUCCUUGCCGGUCUGAUAUUCCUGUAUCGUGCCAGGACCUCAUCUACAACCCCCAAGACCAUCCCUUCACCUUCACCCCCACCAUCACCAGCAGCAGACAUUGUCUCCAAAGAAUCAGACUUCCCACCGGACUGGCUAGCAUCCAACCAACUCUUCGAGCUUGAACGCCGCGCCAUCUUCAGCAAGACCUGGAUCCCUCUAACCCACAAAACGCACUUCCCAUCCUCCGGCUCAUACCACACCUACACCCUCGCCAGCAUCCCCAUCCUGCUCAUAAAAGGCAAAGACCACCGAAUCCGCGCCUUCCACAACGUCUGCCGACACAGGGCGUAUGCCGUUGCAACGCGGGAGUCUGGCACGUCCACGGUGCUGGGAUGUCGGUAUCAUGGGUGGAGCUAUAAUGCUAAUGGGCGGUUAAUCCGGGCGCCGCAUUUUGAUGGCGUGCAGGGGUUUGAGAGGGGCGAGAACGGGCUGUUUGAGGUUGGGGUGAGGGUUGGUGGGGAGGGGGUUGUUUGGGUGAAUAUGGGGGAUUGUGAGGAUGAGAAAGAGAAAGAGGGAGAUUUGUCUUUAAGGACGAGGUGGAUUGGCGGAGGGAAGCUGGAGGGAGGAUUCAACUGGAAAGGGGCCUUGAGAACGGGAUAUCUGGUAGACUCCCUCGGUCUGGAGACACUGGUGUCUGGCUCCUUCAUCCAGUCCUUGCUUGGCUAUUUCCUGCCAAAGGCCGAGUCAACCCAUCUCUUCCCGAAUAUGUUCAUCUUCACUCUACCCAGUUCAGGCUGCUGGCUGUCUCUAAGCUUUAUUCCGGCAUCUGAGCGAGUAACCUCAGUUCGGUACGAUCUGUACGGUGCGGUGAAUACGAAAGACGAACCAGCCCAAGCUGCAUUGGGGGCUAUCGAAGAGAAGGUAAAGAGCACGAUCUCGAAGUUGGAAAUGGAGUAUCAAUCGUGCUUUAACACCACUGGUCAUCCAACUUCUAUACUCCAAAGGCUUGAUCUAGAGCACUCAGACACACAGAAACAGAUCCUCUCUCUGUUGAAAGCACACUCAAAGCUAGAGAAAUCCCAUGGAGCAGAAAUCUAUCCCGCGAGAAGAGAGCCGCGGAAGAAUGUCAAAUACCAGCAGGCUGAGCAGUGUUUGUGA